AUGGAGACCAUCAACAACAUGGCGACCGGCGUGAGCAAGGCAAUCUUCGGAACGAACGAGGCCAGGGAAGAGCCUGUUUCUGGCGUCACGGGAAACACCAGCAACGGCGAGCCCUACGACGCUGGCAACAUUGAGGAACCCCAGAAGAAGGCACACGUCGUGGACGCCAACGCCGAGCACACCGCGACCACUUCGACUCCCGCAACCGCCCCAACCACGUCCCACACGAAGGAAGAUCCCGUGAAACACGAGGAUAAAAUCGGCAAGCCUGAAUUGAAGAAUCAAUCAGUCGAGGAUGCGGCACCACAUGACAGCGCUGCUGGAAAGACCGACACACGUCUUCCGGAGGACCCCGCCACCGACCCGAAGCCCAAGAACCUGGACGUUAGUAACUCUGGCACCGGUCCCGAGAACAAAACCGACGACUUGACAGGGCCCGGCCCAAGACCGCUCGAAACUGUUGCCAAGGAGCGUGGAGGUGAUGCUGGCAAUGUGAAGGGUGCUUCACACGACGGUGGCCUUACCGGCGGCGAUACUGCUGAGGAGGAAGAGGACGGUCCUCAGAAGAAGAGUCACGGCGAGGGUACUGGGGAGAAGUAUAUCAAGAGCACAGGCCUGGCAGCCGACGGCGGCGAUUUCGACGCCACCAAGCCUGGGGCUGGUCGCGAGGCGGAUCGUCUCAUGGAUGAGAAGGAUCCUGCUGCCGCCGCUGCGAAGGCGGCGGCAACGUCCAAACCUAUCGACAACACCCACAGCACCGGUAGCCAGGAACGCACUCAGAGUCCCAACGAGAGCACCGGGAAAGAGAAGAAAAGCCUUGGUGACAAGAUCAAGGAGAAGUUGCAUCGUCACUAA